AUGUCUACUGUCAAUAUUACACCAAUGAAUGAAAACAUUUACACUCUUGCAACAAUUUCAGAAGCAUUGGAGUGCUCAUCUAUUCCCGGAGUAAUGACACUUAGACUCAACAAUACUAUUAGAACUAUUUGUAACUCCAACAAACGACGUACUGAUAUCACUGCUGAAGAAGCCAAAAACAGUGGAAUUAAGAUGUGCUUCUCACAGAAGUACUCGUGUCAUUGUUCAGGAACUUAUGAAUCUAAGACAGAGAUGCGAGUAGUUCAAAAGAGAGCUAAGAAAAAUAAGUGUCCUGCUCUUCUUUGCGUCAGAGAAUUCUUUAAGACACCUGAGUGGUAUGAGAUAACCUUGACCAAAGAUCAUGCUGAUCAUACUCCUGAGCAAUCAUCUAAAUCUGCCAGCCAGAUACGUAUCGACAUGUUGAGAACUAUUGAUAGAUAUGGAAGAAGUUCUGAUUGUAAGGUCAACUAUUAUAACAUUUGGAACUUGAUGAACAAGAAUCAAAUGAUUUCCUUCAUGAUUUGGAUAAAUGAGAAACUUGCUGCAAUGAACUUCUCAAUUUUCAAGACCAAUACUAGCUACUCACCAAGUCUAAACUUAUUUACUUGUGGUUUUAUGUCACCAAUACAGCAAAAUAAGAUGAAAAAUGCUGUUUCUUUUUGUUUGGAUGCCACUUAUGGUAUCUCUGGAAAAAUUGAUGAGAUUCUUUAUACUCUUCUUAUCCAUAAUGAAGAAAUUGGUAGAGGCUGGCCUGUAGCAUAUAUGAUUACCAAUGAUAGAGAUGUGGGCCCCAUUGUGCAGUGGCUGCAAUUCUUAACGUCUUCUCUCUUGCUUGUUAAUCCAAAACAAAUAACAAUUGAUUGCUGCUUGGCCAAAGUCCAUGCAAUUCAAACCACUUUUUUUACCACACAAAUCCAAUUCUGCAUAUUUCACAUAACUCAAGCAUGGAACAGAAAGCUCUCUGACUCCGUUAAGAUUUCUGGCUCUUUGCUAUCUGAGGCUCGUCUUCUUCAUGAUAAAAUGAUGAAAUCUCUUCAAGAGAUUAAAAACUGGUGUACUGAAAACAAAUUUAAGCUUUGGAGUAGAGCAUAUUUUGAAUGCCAAUUUUCACAUAUGUUCACCAAUAAUUAUAUUGAGUCUUGGCAUAACCAAUUGAAAACUGUCUUCAUGAAGAGAUUCCGGAACAAACGUCUAGAUAAACUUAUAUUCAUUUUUGUUCACAAUGUUGAAUACUAUCUUUCUCAAAAGUAUGAUAGAGUGAUGUCUAACAAUGAGGCAAUGAGUGCAUUUACAAGAGAAUAA